UGUCAGUGUCGGACUGAAUACCAGCAUGGAGCAGUUGUGGCUGCCGGGAACGCAGCCAGCAGCAUAUAAUAAUUUUCGUUGGAACAAGAAAUUCUCGCUGCGUCAACCCGAGCUGUACCCAGAUGAAGACAAGCGGCUACAAAUUGCUUCUAAUGAAUCGGAAAUCGAUGCCUUCCUGGAGUGUUUCAAAUUGGAUUUGGAGCCUCCGGGGCGCUUUCGUGCUCUCAGGGCGUUUUUAGAGUGUGCAAAACGGCAAAAUUCGUUUCGAGCUUCGUCCGCUGGUGAGAACAUGGUUAUUGUUGAUGAUCGUUGUGAUCCCACACCUAUUGUCGCAAUUUCAGGACAUGCAAAUAUUCGUUACGGACGAGCAUGGGAAUCUCUUCAAUACUUGAACAAUCCGCCGCCAGGCCUACAUGUUAAUGUUCAAGCACUCAAAGCCGACGACCUUUCUAGCCAUCUAAAGCAGGAUAGGACAGGAAAAGCAGAAAGAAGACUACUAUUCGUUCUUAAUAUAACUCCAACCAUAGCUCUGUCCGUGAUCAAAAACGUCACAUGCACGCACUUAUCAGAUGUUCGGUCUUUUCUUGCCAGACACGUUGAUUUCAACCCAUAUAUCAACGUUAUACAGUCCCAUGGUUUUGUACUUGAAUUUCACCUUCCCCAUUUCAUACUGCGUACGAAUCAGGUAGCUAGAGAUGACUCCAGAGGGCUGCGGAAAUGCCGUUAUAUGCGACCUCCGAAUUUAAGACAUAUACCUCAAGCAUGUAUCAUCGAAGCCCAAAUUUCCUUUGGAGUGUUUGGUAGUGAUGAGUUCUUUUGGGAAGCUUAUUGCUUCGUGGAUACCUAUGGCAGCGAUCAGGAAUCGAUUGAGCGUUACCUACAGGACAAGCGGGAUGCACCAUCAGGUGGCUCUGUGGCGCAGGAAGCUCCCAUUUGGGAACCACGGUACUACUUUCUAACAGUAUUUUCUGUCCGCCUGGGUCAAGUGACAAUGGAAUGGACAGUUCUGGCACAAGUGUUAGAGAAGGACUUGGACCCAUAUGGAGAAAUUGAUGGGGUUUCCUUGCCCACAUUUAUAGAGAAAGACCCCGGGCUUGAGCGAACCAAGCAACGUACAUGGACUUUGAGCAUCCUACGCCGUCUACGCAAUUCCCUUGCCAAGUUGAUUGCAGCAUGGCAUGCUUUUGAUACGGAACAAAGCUCAUGCUUUGACCUGGAUACACCAGGCGCCCUGGCAGAUAAAUUCCGGGAGAAAUUUUCACUCAUGCGAGGGAAGAUGGCGGAGCUGCGGGCGCUGCAUAUGACCUUGGAGCAGCGGAUCGAGUCCCUCGAGAAACUGUCCGAUGCACUGGUAAAUGCGUCGGCACUCUCAGAGAGCAUCACAGCGACACGGCAGGGAAAUAAUAUUGAAAUACUGACAUACAUUACGAUCAUUUACCUCCCAGUGACACUUAUCACGGGCUGCUAUGGUAUGAACCAGGUUUCGAGUGAUGUAGCAUGGUGGACCUACUGGGUGUCGAUCAGCUGCCUGACCGUUUUCACCGUGUUACUGGCAUUUGCAUUGCCGACCGGGCUGGCUUGGUGGAAAAGUAGGCCUCUGUCCCUGGGUCGCAGUCUGCCGUACUACCGAAGUUGGAGGGACCUUUCCAAAUAAUUUGGCAGUACGGUUUAGGAAACAGGCCUAUACCGCUAGACUCGACCAGGAGAUUCGGCCAAGGGAAUACAGGGCAAUGAGGCCGCAUCCGAUGGACUAUUGAUAUAUUUCAGCACCAACUUUGCAAUUUGCCUGGGCUUGCAUGGGGAUCUAAACCCUGCCAAGGCGCGGAAAGGCGCCGUAGAUCAUCCAGGCAGCAUACUACUUGUUAGAGUCUAUCACACUUGGCAGAAGUUUGGACCUUCUUGAGAAUGAUCAUGCCUUUUCCUUCGGGAAACACUGCUGUGAGAAUACCCAUGGGACGCAGCGAUGUCUAGGGAAAAGGGGACAUCGUUAAAAAGGGUGACUUCAUCAAGAGAAUCAGGUUUAAAGAUUCCAAUAAGGGAUCCUAACCUGGCCAGGCAUAAAGGGACGUUGUAGAU